AUGGCUGCGCGAACGAGUGCGCCCAUAUUUGGAAGAAAAAAGAGCGAGGUUGAGGAGCAGCAGAGUGACGACGGUUGUGCCCGGAUGCAGCAGAGGCUUAUGAGUUUUGAUCGGGAAGGAGAAAAAAUGGCAACAAUUGAUCAGCAGCAACAGCAGCAGCAAGUGCUGAGUAGUAUACUUGGUCAGUUUAUGCCCUUGUUCGAACUCAUUUUUGGCACAUUUCUUUUUUUUUCGACGAAAAACUUUCGAAAUAUCAAACUUGAAAUCCUCUGA